AUGUCUAUCCCGGGUUUGGGGCUGAUCCCCGAGAAGCCUGCAACCUCAGCCUCCCGAACAUACACCCUCGAACCCCGCCAGGAAUACCGUUUCUCCGUCUCGCAUGGCGCGUCCGUCACUGUCACCCUCACCAGGGGCACAGCCGAGCGCGACGGCACCGAGCUGGCCCUCAACGUCCCCUACACCCUCUCGGGCGUAAAGUCAAAACUGCUAUCAUGGCACGGCGCCAACCUCUCAGUCGAGGGCAUCACAGACCACGAAUCUGUGGCGGGCCCCGACGACGCCGCCAACACCGCACACCUGAACCUACACGCGUUUCUCCAACGGUCCCGCGAGACUGCAGCCAGGAGCGGCGGCGGCGGCGGCAGCCGCUCCGCACCCUACGGUCCGCGCGUCCUCGUCGCCGGCGGGACGGGCUGCGGCAGGACGAGCCUGGUGCGGACGCUGGCGGCCUGGGCGACGCGAACGGGCGCGCAGCCCAUGGUGGUCAAUGCGGACCCGGGCGAGGGGUCGUUGACGCUGCCCGGCACUCUGUCGGCGGCGGUGUUCGGGACGGUCAUGGACGUGACAAGCGAGGGCGGGUGGGGCGCCGCGCCCAGCAGCGGGCCGAGCGCGGUGCCGGUCAAGCUGCCGCUCGUGUUUUACUAUGGACGGCGGCGGGUGGAGGAGGACAGGGAUCUCUACAAGGGGGUUGUGAACUCCAUCUCGUCAGCAGUCUCGGCCAGGGCGGCUGACGAUCCGGCGGUCAGGAGUGCCGGGAUGCUGAUCGAUGCGCCGCCUUAUGUGGAGGGCAAGGGAGCUGAUUUGUUGAUCCACCUUGCGGAAGAAUUAAACGUGAACAUAAUCGUGACCAUCGAUACGCCCAGCUUACACACCGAACUUACGCAAAGAUUUUCAGGCGUCAAGAACGUCCUCGGGGAGCACGUUUCCGUGGUGGCGUUGGACAAGUCUAGUGGCGUCAUGGAGAGGGACGAAGGUUUUUUGCAGCACAUGGGAGAAGCGAGCAUCAAGGAGUAUUUUUUCGGAGAUGCCAAAAUCACCCUCAGCCCUUUCACUCAGCAGGUUGCCUUUGAUGAGCUGGCUAUUUACACGUCACCUGAAGCUUCUGACCAUUCAGCUGAGCCUGGCGCAUUGCAGCGGAUCACGCAGCCGCUGCCUGAAAUGGCUCACUGGGUUCUGGCAAUGAUGGAUGCGGGGCCCAACGACCCGCCGCACAAGAUUCGGUACGCACCCGUGUCGGGAUUCGUGUACGUCGCAGCCGUGGACAAGGACAGGCGGCGGAUGAAGAUCCUGGCCCCCGUGAGCGGAAGACUCGGAGACAAGCCGCUAGUUUGGGGGAAAUGGCCCGAGCCGCACAUCAACCUUCUCGGCUGA